GUUUUCACAUGUUUAUAUAUGCAGAUUUUUCCUUAGUACUAUCUAUUCCCCACCCUCUGCCUACCACAAUUCAAUCACUCAGCCUUAAAAUCCAUUCAAAUUUCAAAUCAACAACAAACACAUCUCUAAACAAACUCUGCAAUGGAUCUGUCUGCUGCUUAUUCCACUCCACUUCACACCAUCAAGCACCCAAUCACAACUAAAUCUUCCACAACAAAAUUUACAAUCAACAAAAUAUACUCAUAUUCAUCCCCACCACCAUCAGUAACAACAUCCACAACUUCACAACCCACUUCAUUACCAACCCGUACAAUCCCGGGCAGCUACGGGCUGCCCUUGUUGGGACCACUAGCUGACCGCCUUGAUUACGCAUGGUUUCAAGGGUCAGAAACAUUUUUUAAGAAGCGGGUUGAGAAGAAUAAGAGCACUGUGUUUCGGACCAAUGUUCCGCCUAGCUUUCCUUUUUUCUUGGUGAACCCGAAUGUUAUUGCGGUUUUGGAUGUUAAGUCUUUUGCGCAUAUGUUUGAUAUGGAGUUGGUUGAUAAGAGGAAUGUGCUUGUGGGUGACUGGAUGCCGAGUACUAAGUUUACUGGCGAUCGACGUGUGUGUGCUUAUCUUGAUCCGUCUGAACCGCAGCAUGAACAGAUAAAAAACUUUGCAAUGGACACACUCAAACGAAGCUCAACCAAUUGGAUCCCGACCAUAACCUCUUUACUAGACACAAUGUGGGACAACAUCGAGCCACAACUCUCAUCUGGUCCGGUUAGCUACCUCAUACCCAUUCAAAAAUUUAUCUUUGCCUUCUCAUCCCUUUGCAUAGCCGGUGCGGACCCGGCUAACUCACCGGACAUUGCCGAAAACGGUUACAUUCGUAUGGACCGGUGGCUCGCGGUGCAGCUCCUACCGACAAUCCCAAUCAACAUGCUCCAACCGUUGGUGGAAAUUCUACUACACUCGUUCGCGUACCCGUUCUUUCUAGUGAGUGGUGACUACGACAAGUUAUAUGAAUUCAUUGAAAACGAGGGCAAAGAAGUAGUUUCACGAGGUCAAACCGAGUUCAAUUUAAGUAAAGAAGACACGAUCCAUAACCUCCUUUUCAUCCUCGGGUUCAAUGCAUUUGGAGGGUUUUCGAUAUUUUUCCUGAGCUUAUUAAACGUGUUAGGGACAGAUAAAACCGGGAUUCAAGAAAAGUUACGUAAAGAAGUGAGAGAAAAAGCCGUGUCAGGUUUGAACUUCAGGUCCAUUCAAGAAAUGGACCUGGUUAAUUCCUUUGUUUAUGAGACACUCAGACUCAACCCGCCCGUACCUCUCCAGUACGGACGGGCACGGAAGGAUUUCGAACUGAGUUCUCAUGACUCGGUUUUUAAAGUGAAGAAAGGCGAGCUUCUUUGCGGGUUCCAGUCUUUGGUUAUGAAAGAUCCAAAGGUGUUUGAUGACCCGGAAACUUUUGUUGCUGAGCGGUUUAUGGGCGAAAAGGGUAAAGAGUUGUUGGGUUAUUUGUACUGGUCAAACGGGCCGCAGUCGGGUACACCAAGUGUGUCUAACAAACAAUGUGCGGGAAAAGACUUUGUUACCUUUACGGCUUCAUUGUUUCUCGCACACUUGUUUCUUAGGUAUGAUUCAGUUACAAUAGACGGUACUUCAUUUUCGGCCGUUGAGAAACCAAAGCCUUGAUGUAUCUAAGAAUCUAAGAACAAAAACAAGGAUUGUUAACCUUGAUGUAUCUAACAAUCUAAGAACAAAAACAAGGAUCGCUAAAAGUGCCCUUUAUUUAUUAUUAUUUUUUUUUAUGUUUU